ACCUGUAUAUUUGCCAGUCGCGAAUACCUUCUCAUAACGUGUAGUUGGAUAUUUAAGUUUCUGUAAGAUUCAACUAACUUUUAGUUUAUACCAAGUUAUUAAGCGGAGUUAACUGUAACUUCGGUCAUCAUGGCGGAAAGGUUGAAGUUUCCAUUUGAAAUACGCAACGUUACUGAAGAAGAAGACAAAUUAGCUAAAAAAUGUUACAAAGAUUACAUUCGUCCCUUCAUCCGAGUGGGGCCACAGGGGUACUUCUGGAUGGCGGGGUUUGGGGACAAAGCAGAAGAAAUAUAUAAUCUUCAAGUUAGACCUGAUGAUAUAUGGGUAGUCUCUUUCUCAAGAUCUGGUACAACAUGGCUUCAAGAACUAGUUUGGUUGGUGUCCAACGAUCUCAAUUAUGCAGAAGCUGCCGCUACAUCACUCAACGAACGAUUUGCUUUCAUAGAAUACCCAACCCAAAGUUCAGAAGUAUCAAAGCCACCCCCCACCACUAGCCACCGCGCUACAUACCACGAUUAUCGAGAUUUACACACACUACCAUCACCACGGUUUGUGAAGACACACCUUAAUAUGCAGUUUCUGCCACCCAAGCUGGUUGAUACUGCUAAGGUAUUCUACAUAGCUCGCAAUCCUCUAGACGUGGCCGUGUCUUUCUUCUUCAUGCACAAACUGUUCCGUUAUUUCGAACAAGGCGUGGAAUUCACGGAGUUUUGGGAUCUUUUUAAACGGAAUUUGAUUCUCCACAUGCCAAUAUUCCCUCACAUCGAAGAAGCGUGGCAGAAACGUGACAGUCCAAACAUGAUGUUCUUGUUCUAUGAAGAAAUGCAAAAGGAUUUACGAAAAGUGAUUGACCGAGUCUGCACAUUUCUUGGCAAGGUCUACACAGACGAACAGAAGGACAAACUUGCGGAACAUUUGACCUUUGAUAAUAUGAAAAAACAUUCUUUAAAAACGGAUGACGACGAUAAAGACUCAGAAAUGAAAUUCAUGAGAAAGGGAAAAUCCGGUAACUGGGUGAAUUACUUCAACACAGAAGAGUUGAGAAAAGAAGCCGAGGAAUACAUGAAGGAAAACCUCAAGAAAACUGACAUGCAGUUUCCAGUUAUUGAUUGAAAUAAGUAGUUUUAAAUACCUAGUUUUGUCAUAAUUUUUGGAAUAAUAAAGUUAUCGUUUUUAUCGUUA